UAUCUCGACAAAAAUUAUGAAAAUAAACAACUCUUUAAGUUUCCUGAAGAAAUAAUACAUAGUAUGAGGCGUAUUAUAAGAAAUUAAUGACCAUAUUUUCCAUUGUGGCAAGAAACUCAUAAAAAACCCAGAAAUGAUAGUUUGGGAUGGUACGGAUGCCGCGGGAUGCCAAGCCCCAGCAUGAAGUCGAAGACGCAAUUGUAAGCGAAACUGUAUGUUUGUACAGUAAUAGGUUUUAAUUUUUUUUUUAUUUCAUUAAUUUAAAAAUCGAAUAAGCCGAGGCCGGACUACUCGGAUGGCGACUUUUGGAACUCGAUUUUCCCCGUGGUUGAUGUACGACAGGUGAGGAGACGACGUGAUAUGGGACGCGGAGGAUAUGAAGUCUAUUCGGAAACCUUCCAUCCUUACGUUGGAUCCGUACGAUGAGAAAACAAGUACCAAGAAGAUAUUAAAAAUAAAUUCGUCUCACUUGAAGAAAUCCAAGAUGUUGUUGGAUAAAGCAGGGAUUGUUAACGUUUUACAAGAAGACGCCCGCCUGCACCCCCGAAAUCUCCAGAUCGGGAUCCGUCCAACAUUUCAAACAAUAUCUAUUACCAGCGACGCGCCUCCGGAACGACUUUCAGGCUUAAAGUGGGCGUCGUCAACCUUAUCCAGCAUUCCACUCCCGUCAUGGAGCUGAGGGUGUCAUUCGUACAGAGCCACACGGGCCCGGUGCGCUUGAGGAAUUUCCACAGGCCGCCAUUGAAGAGGUUCUCGCACGAGUCGCUUUUCAAACGAGGGCCGCACAGUGUCAUGCCGUUCGUUACGCAAAUCAAGAAAAAGGCGAAGGACAAAGAAAAUCUCUGAAACGCUCAAGGAAGUCGAUGAAUACAGAAAGUUACUUAAUUUAAAAUAGUUAAUGUACAUUUAGGUGUUGUAAUAAGAAUAUAA